GAGAGUGGGGGGAAGGACCGGAAGGGGCGGGUCCCAAGCAGUCCGGCGCCUCGUGGAGGCUGAGCUGCCUCACCCGUGGUUUCAGAGCUUCUAACAUGGGGCUCACCAAGCAGUACCUUCGCUAUGUUGCCAGUGCAGUCUUUGGCCUCAUUGGCAGCCAGAAAGGCAAUAUUGUCUUUGUGACACUUCGUGGGGAAAAAGGCCGCUACGUGGCAGUACCAGCCUGUGAGCAUGUUUUCAUCUGGGACUUAAGAAAAGGAGAGAAGAUCCUUAUCCUUCAGGGGCUUAAACAAGAAGUCACUUGCUUGUGCCCCUCCCCAGAUGGGCUGCACUUAGCUGUUGGUUAUGAGGAUGGGUCUAUUCGAAUCUUCAGUCUCCUGAGUGGGGAAGGAAAUGUAACCUUCAAUGGACACAAAGCAGCCAUCACUUCCUUGAAGUAUGAUCAGCUGGGAGGCAGGCUGGCAUCUGGGUCCAAGGACACAGAUAUUAUUGUGUGGGACGUGAUCAAUGAAAGCGGCCUCUACCGUCUAAAGGGGCACAAGGACGCCAUCACACAAGCAUUGUUCCUACGAGAAAAGAACCUGCUAGUCAGUAGUGGGAAAGAUACCGUGGUGAAAUGGUGGGACCUUGAUACCCAGCACUGCUUCAAAACGAUGGUUGGCCACCGAACUGAGGUGUGGGGGUUGGUUCUGGUGUCAGAAGAAAAGCGACUCAUCACAGGGGCUUCGGACAGUGAGCUGAGGGCCUGGGACAUUGCCUAUCUGCAAGAGGUAAUUCCUUUUUCUGAUUAUGUGCCUGUCGUGUUUCACCGGCUUUAG